UGAGUCUCGCGAGAUCUCGACUCUGCUCGUGCACGGGAACAAAAUCGCGCUCGGCUCAGAGCGCGGGGCGACACGGGGCGAGCAGCGGCGAGAAGGCUGCUUGGCUUGCAGUUGGAGCAGGAAUUAUUGGCGCAAGGCACUACCACUCGGGUGUAAGGACCCGGGUGACCGCAAGCCGCGACGCUGGGAGUCGAGACGUUCAUCGUCGUGCCUGGAACUGAACCGAAACCAUUGGAGAGGCGUUCCGGAUCUCUUCCGCCGCUGUGGGGACACGCGUCCGGGCAGGCUCGGGUGGUCGCCCGCUGGCGUCUGCAGCCUCACGGGGCCGCCACAGGCUUCACUCGGCGGCGACGCUGGCGAGCUGGGGUGGGGCAGCGGGGAAGGGCUCUUCGUGUCGCCGCUCGUGACGGCCAGAAGAUCGUCCCGACAAGUCGUCCGAUGCUCCUGUGACCGCCAAACGGGGUGUGCGCGUGAGCGCCAGAGCAGACGCGAGUGCAUUGUUGUUGACCACACGCUUGCAACGCGCUGGUUCUUGCUUCGUCCCAAAGGCAAUUUAACCAAAUUGCAGCAGCUUUAUCCUCCUCAAAGCAAAGUAUAAUCACAGUCGAACCAAAUUAAAUUUUAUUGACCAAAUUCUCGUCCUAUUUAUUUGAACCACAUUUAUAUAGAUAUUAUGUUAUUGUCAUUUGAACCUUAACACUGUGAAUUGUAAUAUCGUCUCAUCGAACCUGAUAUCGACAAAAAAUACCAAACCUCGCCUCGCCAAACCUCACGCAGCUCAAUCCCAUCGAACCUCCCCAAAAAUCCAACAUUCGACCGAUCCCACCGUCUCCCGCCCCGGUGUCGCUCCAACAAAGAGUGGGCCCGGCAGUCUCGUCGCGUCGCUCCUCAUCCUCCUCCUGCACGAUGCCUCCCCCGUCUCUUACGACGCCGCCGUUGCUGCCGCUGUUGCCGCUGCUGCCCCUGCCGCCGCUGCUGCUGCUCCUGCUGCUGUGCGCAUCGCCGUGCCCGGCAUCCCAGCAGCAGCACGAUGACCGCGAGCUGUUCGCGGUGACGCGCGCCGGCCGCGUCAUGGGCCGCCGCGCGCCCGUCCUCACCGGCUCCGUCGUCGUCUUCUCGGGCGUCCCCUACGGCGAACCCCCGGAGGGCGAGCGCCGCUUCCUGCCACCGGAGCCGCGCAAGCCUUGGCCCGGCACCCUGCGCGCCACGCAGCCGCCCCACUCGUGCUUCCAGUACAUGGACAUGGCCUUCCCGGGCUUCUGGGGUACCGAGAUGUGGAACGCCAACACGCCCAUGAGCGAGGACUGCCUGAUGCUCACGCUCUGGGUGCCCUCGCCGCGCCCGCGCAACGCCAGCGUCAUGGUGUGGAUCUACGGCGGCGGCUUCGUCUACGGCACCUCGUCGCUGGACGUCUACGAUGGCAAGUACCUGGCCUACAGCGAGGGUGUCGUGGUGGUCUCCAUGAACUACCGCGUGGGCGCCCUCGGCUUCUUAGCUCUGCCCGGCAGCACCGAGGCGCCGGGCAACGCGGGCCUCUUCGACCAGCAACUGGCGCUGCGCUGGGUGCACGAGAACGCGGAGGCGUUCGGCGGCAACCCGGCGUCGGUGACGGUGUUCGGCGAGAGCGCCGGCGCCGCAUCCGUGGGGUUGCACGUGCUGUCACCGCGGAGCCGGCGCUACGUGACGCGCGCCAUCUUGCAGAGCGGCGCGCCCAACGCGCCCUGGGUGACGAUCAGUGACGAGGAGGCGCGCCGGAGGGCGCGGGCGCUCGCCGCCGCCCUCUCCUGCCCCACGGGGGACGACGCGGAGCUGGUGCGCUGCCUGCACUCGUGCCCGCCGCAGCAGAUCAUCGACAACGAAUGGAGCGUGAUUGGUGUGACGAGCGUCUUCCGCUUCCCGUUCGUGCCGGUGGUGGACGGCGACUUCAUUGCCGAGGCGCCGUCCACGCUGGUCGACCGCGGCGCGUUCAACCACACGGACCUGCUGGUGGGCGUCAACCUCAACGAGGGCUCCUUCUUCCUCGUCUACGAGGUGCCGGGCUUCAGCAAGGACGCCGACAGCCUGAUCACACGCGAGCAGUUCCUGCAGGCCGUCGACAUGUGCCUGCCGUACAUCAGCGACUUGGGCCGCGACGCCGCCGUGCUGCAGUACACGGACUGGAACGACGAGCACGACCGCGUGAAGAACCGCGACGCGCUCGACGCCAUGGUGGGCGACCUGAACGUGGUAUGCCCCGUGCAGGAGGCCGCCCGGGUCCACGCGGCCCGUGGCGGCGCCGUCUACGUGUACCGCUUCGAGCACCGCGCCUCCAACAUGGCGUGGCCCGAGUGGAUGGGCGUCCUGCACGGCUACGAGAUCGAGUUCGUGUUUGGUCUGCCCGUCGACCAGGGCCUCAACUACACGGCCGAAGAGCUUGCGCUCAGCCGAAACAUCAUGCGCUACUGGGCCAACUUCGCCAAGACCGGGAAUCCGGCUGGACUGGGGGGCACGGAGUGGCCCACCUUCUCCGCGGAGAACCCCCAGAUCAUGGCCCUGGGGGGGUUCUCUGCGCGUGUGCAGACGGGGCUCCGCUCGCAGCAGUGCGCCUUCUGGAACCGCUUCAUGCCCAAGCUCAUGCAGAGCACCGCCACGCUGGACGAGGCCGAGCGCCAGUGGAAGGAGGAGUUCUCCCGCUGGAGCGGCUACAUGCUGGACUGGAAGUCGCACUUCGACCACUUCAGCUCCAAGCGAGAGGAGUGCGCGCGUGGCCUGUGAGGUGUCUCGAUGAGGGGGACGGCUGGGGGGGGGGGGUGGUGGGGGGAGAUCAAUAACAUUGUUAACAUCAUCAUCAGAAUCGUCGUCAGCGACAUCACCAUCAGUGUGAUCGUCGAUAAUACCACGACUAUUAUUUGUCUUUCCCCGCACCUCUGAUUGGCGCCGGUGGCUACGUACGGUGCGGCAGAAGUUCGACACACGCAUGUACGUCAUUAGUGUCAUCAUUGGCAGCGGUAGCAGCAGACCCAUCAGAGUGAGCUGCCUCUCAAACGAGCAGUCCCCCUAAACAUAGAUUCGCUCGAACCACGGGCGUCGCCGCGGGUUAGUUGGUGUGACGUCCGCAGCCACGAGGGGCCGCUAUGCUCCUCAUGUUUGAGUGAAUACGCAACCCCUCCCCCCAUCCGAACUGCGACGGAUCAGCGAAGCGCUACGCGGGAGGGUCGUGACGUUCCCUGCGGUGGAUGAACCCACAGAGCAUUACCGAUUUUAUCCACCCUGGGGGGAUGAGGAGGACGAUGAUGGAAUGAGUUGAUUCCCAGCUGGGGAAUGAUAACUCGCGACGUUCUGAUUGUGAGUCGCGUGCUCAGAAUGCCACCGCCCGUGUUGUACGCGUGUGCUCGUCGGAGAAACGCGCACACACCUACAGCUAUAACUGUGAAUUGUAUUAUCAUGAUUUUUGCGGCUCAAAUUUGGCAUCUACCUGCAGCAUAGGCUCAGUAGACAUGUCAACGUUGAACCAACGUUGGCAUGUCAACGUUGAACCAACUUUGGAAUGUGAUUGGAACUGUUCGGCCAACGUUGAACCAACCUUGGGCCAACGUUUAGCAUGCGCGCGAUCAACAAUCAGCGACGAUGGUGGCGACGGUGUUGUUGUUUAACAAUCCCCGACUCUCGCAGAGGUAGAUUUUCAAGGGUCAUAAACACACAGAGACCAUGAGGGGGGCGGCCACGAGCUGGGAGUCCACCCCCCGCGGCCUUCCACUUCCACGGCGGAGUCGAUCUGACAACCCCGAGGGGAUUCUCGCGGUGCAACUCUUAGCGUGGGAACAACCCAUCGAGUCAACCUGAAUUCCAUCAUAGGGUGGGGGUGUGGGGGGUGUGGAGUAUGUGGGGGGGGGGGGGGAGUGGAAUCGACCAAUGAGAGAGGUUCAACUGUGAAACCUGACCAAUAGCGCGAGCUCACAAUUGAUUGAAUACCUCGCGAUCAAUGCUCGGUCAGGAUGUUCAAAGAGUCCAAUCCAUUUAUACGAUACAUGCUUUUUUUUUGGUCUCUUGAAAGAGUGGAUGUUCAUUAUUUAUUGACAAAUGUCGAAACUGAUUUCAAUUUACAAUUGGUGAUGUUUUCUUAGGGGCAUUGGGGGGAUGGGGGGGUUUGAGCUGAGAAUAAUUUAGCCAUGCAAAUAGCGCCAAUGUGAUUAGGCCCAAGCUUACCCCGCACAUGCCACUAAUGCCAUUAGCCAGAAACCCUGACCCUAAACAUCGAUCGGCAAAAAAGGACAUUGAUUCUUAAUUGCCGCUCAAUUUCGGCUGCGAGGAUUUUGCUCUGUAACUCACCAGGCGAGUUGAGCCGAAGCAUCCACAGUAAUUGGCGCGUUGUUAGAACGCUCGUAAAACCGCGUGACAAUUAAAGGAAAAAUGUUUUUACCGUGCCGGGCAGGUGGAGGGUUCUUACCGACACAAAUCUGUCCGAGUCAUGAUGCAGCCUCAGCGAAAAAAUAUAUUAUGAUUAAGUAAAAAUUCCAUUAAGUUAGAAUUCAACUGGAAUCUCUCUCCAUUGGUCAAUUUCCCCUCAGCCCCACUAACCCAAGCCCUGGCCAAAUACAUGGGGAAACUGGCGUGACACACAACCUGGCACGGAGUUCUUAUUUUGCGGAUUACGGAGCCCAAAACCAGAAGGGCACAGGCUCAGGUUUCACCGUGUGUGAACUCUGUGCCGGGUUGUGUAAUCGUUUAUGAGAAUCUGUACGUACUGUGCGUCCCAGCAGCAGCCAAACGCUACUCCGGUGGCCAUACCUCAUUUAUCCGCUCCGUGUUUUGAAACCACUACUGUUUGCUGGGCCGCUGGAGUGUCCCUACAGGCUCUUGACUCUAUUCCCAUCUGGGGGUUUCCUUCGUCAUGAUUCAAGUUUGCUUUCGUUCAGCCACGUUCGCAAGAGAGUGACUCGGGGCAUUAUUUUGCCAGUAGGGGGCGAUGGUUGCGUCCUCUGUGUGUGUAAUCCCCCCCCCCCCCCUCCAUUGAGUCAUGUUGCAGGGUCACAUUCGAAAUUGGAACAGUUUAAAACUCUGCCACUGGCACACGGUGGCCCACUCUUGUGAAUGACGUCCGGGGUGGGGGGGGGGGGACUUUGAGUGAAGCAGACGGCGCGUAGUAGUCGUAUUAUUAUUACGCUAAUUACACAACUACAGUAUUUAUCGGGGCCGGGCCGCUGGACUUGAACCGCGAACCUCUCUGCCUUCAAGUGGCAGACCGUGCUACCGCUCGGUGAUGAGAGACCUCUGAACCCCACGAGUCUCCAAUUGCCAUGGGAGCCGAGAGCACCCGUGUGGGUUUAUUAUAUAACAACGCGUUGAGUGUUAUACAGCAGCGCGUUCUAUAUUAUAUAUACAGCGUUGUCAGCCACAGAACCAAACUCCCUGUACAGAACAAGCCGUGCAAUACGCCUCGGUACGUUCUCUGUGUAUCUAACUAAACUGUCCACCUGUCCAUUCGUCCAGUGAGGAAGCUAGGAAUCCAUCUGGCUUUUUCUCUGUCUCCUUUCACACACACAAACGCGCGGACGUGCGUGCAAGCUUCCCGUAAACCACGUGACUUUGAAUCCCUCCUCUCUCAUCUGAGUCUCUCUCUCUCUAAACCAGCUCAAGCCUCCAGUAAACCACGUGACUUCUGUGUGUGGCCACCCCCACUCUGAACCCCUUUCCCCUCUGCCCUGCCCCCUGUGAGAACAGACGCCGCUACGUCCCCAUGCAGCAGCGUCUAGGCCCUGAUGUAGCCUCCUCCUCAUCUCUCCUGAAUCUUUUGCUCCCCUCCCUGCCUUCAUUUUCCCAUCCUUUUUUUCCAUUUCGUUCCCUCUUCCUUUUCCCAUUCCUCAUUCUUUCUCCCCCCUUCCACGCAUCACAUCCUAGUUUCUACCACCCGUUCCGUGGUGGUGGCGGCACCACCAUGGAUACAUUAGUUGCCAGUGUUUACUAAUCGAUCCAUCGAUUCCCAUGAUCACGAUGCACGUGUUGAGUCGAGCGAGCCUAAGAAUUUAGCGGGGCAUUUGUUGCUUGUAUGCAAAUGAUAUGCAAAUGAUAUGCAAACGAUUUGCGAAGCUACCAGAGUAAACAAAGUGGAGACGAGAUGGAAGUAGCGAGUAGUGACGAGACGGGGGAACGAGACGACGCGAGUGGAAUUUCGGAGAAUUCUGACGGUCGAGUUCCUGAGGUCAAAGAAUUGCACGCCCAGUGCACACACGCACGCGUCUACACGCAACCACGCACACACACACACGUCUACACACACACGUCUACACACACAUAGACACGUCUACACACGUCUACACACACACGUCUACACACACACAGACGUCUACACACACACACGUCUACACACACACACGUCUACACACAAAUAGACGUCUACACACAUGUCUAGACACACACACACGUCUACACACACACACGUCCACACACACACACACGUCUACACACACACACGUCUACACACACGUCUACACACACACACGUCUACACACACAUAGACACGUCUACACACACACGUCUACACACACGUCUACACACACACACGUCUACACACACACGUCUACACACACACACGUCUACACACACACGUCUACACACACACAUAGACACGUCUACACACACACACGUCUACACACACACGUCGACACACACACGUCUACGCACACACACGUCUACACACAUGCAUCUACAUACACGUCUACACAAACGCACACACAGAUGCGUUUAUACACACACAACCACAUAAAGACAAAGAUCCCCCGUAUAGCCUGCACAGACUAUUGGGGCGAGUGCUGUUAGCGAGCACCUAUAAAGGCCGGCAACGGCACGGAUGGGGGUGGGUUGCCAACACCAUGCUCGGCACGCAACCACACGCACACACAUGAUUGCAGAUACACACAUGUGCACAUACGCACACAACAACAGCCACCGUUCGCUACUACGUGGUGGUGACAUCACAACGCUUGUGCCAGGCUUGGUGCACGUUGAGGCCACGUAAAAUGUUGAAGGCUCUCUGACAGGUCACGGAACAGACCCGGGUGUCAUGGGUGGACUGAUGUGCCAGGCGAAGUGCAGAGAAGGUCAAGGAACAGACCCGGGUGUGCUGAGAUCAUUGACUGAGAUGAUCGGCAGAUGCACCACAUGUGCUCCCCACUAUGCCAACUUGCUGCGUUUUAGUCGCCCGACUCCGCUCGUUGUUGUGAGCGUCUCUCCUCUGCCCUCUGUUGUUUACGGAGGGCAACUGCCUCCACCUGCCCAGUAGCGUCCCUCACGAGUCUCCUCCACAGAGGCCGAUCUUAAAAUCUCUGGUACAGGUCAUCGGAAAGUCCACUCAGCUUCACGUCGUCCUGUACCGUAUUAGCCCAAAUCUUCUCGAGCAUGUGCUGCGCCCGUUUAGCCCCCUCUACCCGGUCAAACAGAAGUUGAUAGCUGGGCUUGUGGACUGCAUGACCCAGCCAACUCAGCCUCGCCUGCGGGAGGAACUCACUGAUGGGACUGUGUCCAGAUCUUUCAAGGAUCUGUGAGAUCGCACCAUGCAGCCUGGUCAAACCCAGGAUGGACUGUAGGCAGGUGAGCCUAAAUGUUUCACACCGGCGCAGAUGUUCCUUUCAAGAGCUCCACGUUUCACAGGCAUAGAGAAGGGAGGGCAUGACUGUAGCCGAGAAGACCUGAAGCUUCAUGUGGGGCGACGGGCUAGGUAGCUUCCACGUGGCGUCACGCAGUCGAUGAACAAAUAAUUACGUUCGACUGCUUCGGAGGGAGACCCGUGCUGUCAAACUGGAACGAGCACACUUCCCAAGGAUGGGAACUCCUCCACUUUCUCCACAACUGACCCAUCGCUCAUGUGGAGUUGAGGUGGAGGAGUGUUUGAUGACAUAAAAUACCCAGGGAGGUGCUUUGUUUUGGAGUGGCAUGCUCCAGGUUCAGCAGUAGUCUCCAACUUCUCAGAGUAUCGGAAAUUGCCAGAUAGGCUUACAUAACACCUCAGAUUAGCACGGUUGGCUAUGUACGGUGCGAAAGAAGUUAAACAUACAUACAUAACAUGUUUCACCAGUAGGGAGCCAUCCCUCUACUGCACCCGAGUAUCGAUCAACCUCCUAUUGAAUCUGUACCAGAUGUAAAUGCCUCUGGUACAGCCAUGAAAAGCUUCUCCAACUGCGUGCUCGCAAACAUGUUAUUUGUCGGAGCCAGAGGACAUCGAUGUCACACAGGUGAACAGGGAAUGGCUCCGACUCCCGGCCACACACUUUAACUGGGUCUGUCCACCAUCAUGAAGGCCCUUAAUAAGUGUGAGCAGAGAGGCAGGGACUCUGAAUGCACGAAGAACAACCCAGAGCCCUGGCCUAUUUGAUGGUAUCAUAGGUCUUGACCAGGUCAAUAAACUAUAAGCUUUUUUUAAUUUUACCAGUUAAGGCCCACUGAGCUCUUUUUCAGAAGUGACCUCGCUAGAAAUGACAGCUCAACAAAGUGGUUUAUCACGUGGGAAUUUAUAACAGCCAAAUACUCUAAACGAAAAACCGGAGGACCCGGAGAAAAAUCCACGCGACCACGGGGAGAAUACUGAAUACAAACUCUAAAUAUACAGCAGGCGUCAGGGUCGGGAUCGAACUUACGACCUCCUGUAUACCAGGCAAGGAAGUUAACAUCUCGCCACCGUGGCGCCCAUAACUCACCUAUGUAGUCCCUGUUGGAAUUCCCUACACCUCUGCUGUAGCAGACGGGGCAAAGCAUGUUUAACGCUACACAUGUACACACAGGAUUACUGAUACACUCACAUUUGCACAAACGACAAGAUCCCCCGUAGCCUAAAUAGACUGUUGGGGCAAGUGUUGUUAGCCAGAACCUAUGAAGGCCGGCACGGCACACGAAGAAGGAUGGGUGGCCAACACCACGCCUGGCCGCCUUUGUCUCCCUAGCGGCGAUGUUUACACACCGCACCAGGUACUCAUUUGAGGUAGAGUCGACCUAGAGGAGGGACAGGACCGUUUCAGAUAAUCGUCACCGGUGUUGGCCGCGAACGGGAAUCGAACCCGGGUCGCCAGGUUCUUAGCGCAGCGCGCUAACCGCUACACCACCGUUCUCCAUGUAUACACACGAUUACUGAUAAAUGUGCACACACGUGCACACACACGCACACGCGUACACACGCACGCGUGCACAACGUCUUCUCGUCUCCUGAUCGCAUAUAUUCCACGUGACCUUUACAAAUGUGAGCCUUCACGAGUGAGGCAUCGUCUUUGUGUCCACUGGCAUUUACCGUAGCAGACAGACCCGCUCAGCGGCAUCGCCCCGAGUGGGAGUCGCACUCGCGUGGGAUUAAAAUUGAGUUGCAUCGAGACGAGAGUGGGUUGAGAGAAGAGUGGGAUUCAGGCGAGAGUGGGAUUCACCCUCACACUGUGGGGGGGGGGGGGGGGUAAUGGGGAUUUGCAAUGUUCUGGACUGCUGCAGUGCACGAACCACCCUGUCGCCGGUCUCCCUCCUUCACCGGCAUGCGGUGACCAGCGUGGCGAGGUUUGGGAGGCCAAGGCCCCUUGAGCAGCAGGAGCCCCUCCCAUUGCUGAGCGGCCCCUUUCACCAAGGCCGCGCGGGAGAGCCUCGAUGCGAGUCGAUGUCGCUCACUCUGGCCCGCGCCUUGCGUUGUCCUCAUCUCUCCACUGCUGGACAGUCGCCCGUCUCUAACGACAGCGGUAGCUCCACGCCUCGGGCGCGUGGCGCAAAGAUGGUCAUGCGAAUCGGUGUCCUUUGUGUGGCCAGGAGAGCCUUCGGUGAGCCUCAAAACGUCUCAGUGUGGGUCCUGUACCUGGGGGUUGUGUUUCUGUGGCAAGGGACUGUGAGGACCCCGCAGAGGAGCCACGACACCUGGCACGGGGGGCCGCUGGCGAGGCGUGGCCCAGGGCAGCAGCGCAGGGAGGUUUGGACGGGCGUGCAGCCAAGGCGAAACACUCCGCAGGGCGGUAGCUUCAACGCGGCGUGGCGGCCUUCAUAGGCGCCGUGCGCCGGCCGUCACGGUCCACGUCUCGGUUUAAACAAUGUGAAGCAUUCCACGUAAAUCAUUACCCCACGCAAGCGUCGCUUAUUGCGCCACGAGGGCAUCGUCGCCCCACUGGCAAGCCGCCAGCUGUGUGUCAUGCCUCGUGCUGCCGCGUAGGGACACUUGCCACUGGGUGGGAGCCUCACCCCCCCCCCCGGCUGCAUUGUCGCAGUGUAUUGGAGUGGUCGGUCGAGGUGAGGCGUGUGGCGCUUCUUCUGGCUGAGAUUCCGCGGCACACGAAGCGCCAGUCCUGGAUGCGCGCAAAUCGUCACCGCUCACACGAGGGGCUGCGCCGACGAAGCGGUGGGCACAGAGAGAGAGAGACGGAGAAAGACAGAGAGAAAGACAGAGAGAGACGGAGAGGGGGAGCAGUCAACUUGCUGUGGUCGUACGUGAUUCCCUCCAACGGGGUGCUCCACCGAGCGACGCGCCGUGUCGCCACCAGAAAGAGCACGUGGCGCUGUCUCCCCCUGGGCUGGCACGAUCAUCUCCAGCCAUUUCGAGCAUCUCGCGCGAUAACAACAACAAUAAUUUAGUGAUCCGCCAUCUCCCCUCUGCUUCCUCCCUCCUUCCCUCCUCCCUUCCUCCCCCCUCUCUCCUUCCCCUCUCCCUCCUUCCCCCCUCCCCCCUUUCCCUCCUCCUCCCCUCCCUCCUUCCCCCCUCCUCCCCUCGUUCCCCCCUCCCUCGGUCCCCCUCCCCCCUCUUGAGAACGAGGCUUGGGACCCCACCCCCGAAAUCGACCAAUUCUGGAGAUGUCGAAACAACUCUGAGAAGCCCCGUGGUUGUCGGAGACUCCGAUAAGACGUCACCAUCAGUGUGUGCUGCGCGGGGCACCGCCACGUAGUUUGAAACCAUUGGGGGGGUGGUUUGUGACAGCAGCACGAUGAUGGUGGGGGUGGUGGGGGGUGGCCUUGCAACGAAGGGCGCCGCGUGAGCGUCGCGACUGCGGGACGCCUGCCCACUCGUGACGACUCGCCGCCGUUCCCGUGUGCCCUCUUGACCCCCCCACCCCCUCUUGCUUCCCCCACCCUUGCUCCCCACCCCCCCUCUUGCUCCCCCACCCCCCCCACUUGCUCCCCCCUCUUGCUCCCCCACCCACACCCCUCUUCCCCUCCAUUGCUAAUUAACCCUUAAGGAAAGAAACCACUACGUGAAAAUAAUAGCAUAUGAUAAAAAAGUGUUUAUUCGCAUGCUGUAUGUAUUUAAGAUAUUUAUUAUACUUCCAAAUGUAAUUUUGAUACUUUCGGAAUGAUAUAUAUGCGUAUAUUACAGUGCCAAUACUUUACGAUGUGCUCCAUAAAUGAUUUUGCUGCAUUCUAACUCGA